AUGUUGGAGCUGGUCGCACAAUCAGUGAAGCAGCGCGGGAGCGGCGACCCUCGGACAGGUGCUCAUGACCUGCUUGAUGGCUUCCAGCUGCGCAUGUUUUUCAACUUGUCCAUGAAAAAUGUGGACCGUAACUACAUCAGCAUUAGCACCAAGGAGGUCCCCACCGGACUGCCUGGCGACACGAGCCUCUUUGCAGAGAGUACGUCGGAGUUUUCGCUUUCCACCGGGCGGUGUCUUACUGAGCGCGCGGCAACGGAGCUGUUAUUGAGCCGCGGCGGAGGGUUGAUGUGCGUUGGAGGAGGGAUGGCUGCAGAGGCUGGGCUGUCGGCGGUGGUGGCGUGCGUGGCGUGGGGGGUGGCGGAACUGGAGGCAUGGGCGAAGCAGAGCUGGCGGCGGCAGCUGGGCCUUUCAAUCACAGUCAGCCGGGAAUAG